ACUUCUGCCUAUUCGUGGCAGUCUACUCAAACUUCAACAGACAACCGGAAGUCGCUGUUAAGGAGUACAAGGCAGGAGAACUUAGUGCCGUCGGUUACAGAUCAAUCUCUUCCGGGUUGCCGUGUUUUUCAAGAUACGUUUCCGGCUGGGCGUCACGUUUUGGGGUAGCGUCGUGUUCUGCCGCGGCUGCAACCAUGGCUCGAAAUGCAGAAAAGGCCAUGACUGCUUUGGCAAGGUUUCGCCAAGCUCAGCUAGAAGAAGGAAAAGUUAAGGAAAGAAGACCUUUCCUUGCAUCAGAAUGCAAUGAAUUGCCCAAAGCUGAGAAAUGGAGACGACAGAUUAUUGGUGAAAUUUCCAAGAAAGUGGCCCAAAUUCAAAAUGCUGGUUUAGGUGAAUUCAGAAUUCGUGAUUUGAAUGAUGAAAUUAACAAACUCCUAAGAGAGAAGGGACACUGGGAGGUCCGUAUAAAGGAGCUGGGAGGACCUGAUUAUGCAAGAAUUGGCCCUAAAAUGCUUGACCAUGAAGGAAAAGAAGUUCCAGGAAACAGAGGUUAUAAAUACUUUGGAGCAGCUAAAGACCUACCUGGCGUUCGAGAGCUUUUUGAAAAAGAACCCCUUCCUCCUCCACGGAAAACUCGAGCUGAACUCAUGAAAGCUAUUGAUGCAGAAUACUAUGGCUACAGAGAUGAGGAUGAUGGUGUCCUCGAACCACUGGAACAGGAACAUGAAAAAAAAGUUAUUGCAGAAGCAGUGGAAAGGUGGAAGGCAGAGAAAGCAGCACAUCUCGCAAGAGGUGACAAGGAAGAGGAGGAGGAGGAGGAAGAAAACAUCUAUGCAGUAAAUGACAACGAGUCUGAUGAAGAAAAUGGAACGAAAACCGAUGGUGAGGAUAGUCAGCAGAAGUUUAUUGCUCACGUCCCAGUACCAUCACAACAGGAGAUUGAGGAAGCUCUCGUCCGAAGAAAGAAGAUGGAACUUCUUCAAAAAUACGCCAGUGAAGCUCUUCUGGCUCAAAGUGAAGAAGCUAAAAGACUUCUAGGAUUAUAGUAAUUGCUCCUUCUAUUUUUGAUAGUCUAUCUUAAAACCACAGAUAAUCUUGAUUCUACAGAAUCAGUAUCUUCUUGAUUCUACUGAAAUAAGACUUCGCAAGUUCUAGAAUGAAAGAGGUUUUUUUUUUCCAAAAUACAUUUUAUUACACAUUUUCACUAUCCUAAUUUAUGGGAGUUUAUUCAUUUUUAGCUUCCCCCUUUGAGUUCUAAAUAGCCAGCCUGCUUUGAAUUUAUCUUUGUCUACCUACUUUCCUCUUUGUUUUUUUUUUUUUAAUUUUACCUUAGUAACAACGUAUCUAGUAACGGUAUUUAAUUUUGAAUUUUCAAGAAAACUGAAAUGUUCUAUAUAGUUAAUAUGGAACUAAGUGUUAUGAUAAUGGAGAAAAUACUCACUUGGUUGGGUUUUGAAAUGCUGAAUAUUUCAGCAAGUAAAAUUGUAAAUACUGUUUAUAAAAUCUCUCAUUUUUUAGUAAAACUUUAUGCACAUUUAAUUGUUCUUUGCUUUUGUUAAAAAUACUAAAAUUUGUCGCUGUGAAUAUAGUAAUUUAUAAAUAGUAUGAAUUCUAGGAAUAUAUGAAUAUUAACAAGAUGAAUAACUGAAACAAAAAAAAUCACACAUUCUAUGUAAAAUUUUGUGUGUAUGUGUACAAAAAAUUAAUUUUCUAGGAA